CAAGAAGUCUUGGCCACCAAAGUUCUUGGCACAGUCAAGUGGUUCAAUGUCAGAAAUGGAUAUGGCUUUAUCAACAGAAAUGAUACCAAAGAAGAUGUGUUUGUUCAUCAGACGGCAAUAAAGAAAAACAACCCACGGAAAUAUCUGCGCAGUGUUGGUGAUGGAGAGACUGUAGAAUUUGAUGUGGUUGAAGGAGAGAAGGGUGCAGAAGCAGCUAAUGUCACUGGUCCAGAUGGAGUCCCUGUAGAAGGCAGCCGCUAUGCUGCAGACCGGCGCCGCUAUCGACGUGGCUAUUAUGGCCGACGCCGUGGACCUCCUCGAAGUGGUGGUGAGGGAGAAAUAAAGGAUGGGGCCACAGAAGGAGGACAACUUCAACAAGUCCAUAGGAAUCCUACCUAUCGUCCCCGCUAUCGCAGAGGGCCUCCGCGUCCACGCCCUGCCCCUGUGGCUGGUGAGGCUGAAAACAAAGAGAACCAUCAUGAGGCCAACGCUAUGAGUCAGCAGCCCCUUCGUCGUGGGUACAGGCGCCCGUACAACUACCGGCGUCGACCUCGUCCACCCAAUGCUCCGGCUCAGGAUGGGAAAGAGACAAAGGUGACGGAAACACCUGCUGAAAAUCCUGCUCCAGUGACCGAGCAGAGUGGUGCUGAGUAAUGUCCGGCUCCCCAGGCACCUUUACUAUCCCUCAGGUGUCCUAAAAUACAACUCAAAAGUAACACCAAAGAAACACUCAAGCAAUAAAUUGUCAACAGUGAUGACGAAAGCAAAGAUUUGAACAUCGGAACUUAAAAGAAAAAAAAUAUUACCAGCAGCUGAGAUCCAGGGAACGCCUGCAAGACAGAUGCAUGAAGACAUUAAAAAGAGAGCGAGAUUCAGAAAGAGCAACCUCCCCAGUUUCAACAGCAACUGUGGGUUUUUUGGUUUUGGUUUUUUUUUUUGAAUUUCACUGUUUUGCUAGUAUUGAAUUUUUCAAUUUUUCUUUUGGUAUCAAACUGAAAAGGGAAAAAACCCAACCAAAGAACUGAAAUUGAAAUCAAAUGCUUUUUUUAUUGGAUGCUGGUGCUAAACCUCCCAGGUGUGAUGAGUUUUAUUUUUUUUCUGUGCCAGUCCUGUUCACUGCAGGACACGGGGAGGAGAAACUUCCGCUUUCCUUGGUAAGAUCUAUUUGAAACUCUGCAGCAUGGGUGACGUUCCUCACAAAUAAAAGUAAUUUCAACUACCAAAAA